AUGCCGAUCGGGGUAAUGCUUCGAUGGAAUGACGAUAAGGGCUUUGGAUUCAUCCGGCCGAGCGACAUCGAGGGCCCUGAUCUCUUCUGCCACAAGAGUUCCCUCCUCGACGGCGAGGGGAGCAUCCUCGAUGGAGAUGAGGUAAAGUUCGUGAUGGAGUACGACGAGAGGAAG